CAUUAAUUCAUUUUUCAAAAUAGAAUUAUGCAUUUUCUCGAUAAUCCACCUUAAGAUCUUAGUCAAACGUUCUAGCGGUAUUACAGAUAACUAAACUAAAUAUUGACCAGGAGAAGGCAGAACGCUCUUGAAGGUAGUCUGUCACCGAGACUCAAAACCCUCGUUUCAAACAACUUUUCAAGCGGACAGCUGAAAUGGAGACGCUCUCGCGGGUAAACCAGAAAUCUUGAUUAAAAACUCAGCCGGAUAAGGGAUUAACGGUGGAAUCACACAUGAAAAUUACGUUGGCCGUUGGGGUUUAGUCGUGAAAAGAAGGGAAAGAAGAUUAGUUUUAAAAACGGAAAAUUAAUCGACGUUUUCGCAUUGUGAAGUGGCGCUUACGAUGUGACUGUCUCUAGAAAACGUCGCUCCGAUUUGAAAUCCUUAGCGGAUAGAUUUUCACAAAAUAAACAUCCAUCGCUCAACGAAGCAUCGACUACGUAAUAUAUAGGCCUUAAACAAAUACAAUCUAUUGUCCAUGCUAAUUUUGACUGGCCUUCGCUCAUUCAUGGAACUCAUACGUAAAUUUAAUUUCUCGCUCUUGAUUCGUUGGGAUUCAAACCAAACAAGACAAGUUCAGCUACCUAAACCUGAGGGCAACCAGUCGAGAAUUUUAAAUCGAAUCAUUCGAUUACACACCGGUUUCAUUUUAUUGAUCCCUUUUUCCUUUCCGAGACGUUGGUGUUGUCAAAUAAUACCUUAAAUAUAAAAUGCAAAACUCAACUAAUUAAUAGACGUUGGCGCGGUUACGAUGACAUGGCAGCUGGAAUGGAGCCUUAAGAGGUUUUGCCCAAUCCAUACUCACACUACUUUCCGCAAGAUCUCACUGAAGACACACCAACAAGAGCGCGCGCCAAACGCCGCUUAACUCCCAACACCUCCGUCCAUUGCUUCAGUCGCCAUCGAAACAGGCUAAAGAGCAACAUGGAGAACUACAAUAACACAAGCACCAACGUGCAAGGGCAGUUUACAUGCAUGACUCACUAUGAUUUGGUAUCAAUUAUUGCCCAGGCAAGCUUCGUUAUCUUUAUUUUGAUUUUGGACGUAUGCGGGAAUUUGUUGGUUUGCGGUGCCAUACUGUCGUAUCGACGGUUACGCACUGUAACUAAUUAUUUCAUAAUCUCGCUGGCGGUGAGUGAUCUCUUGGUUGCGGGUCUAUCAAUGCCGUUUCGUAUCCAUCACACGCUUCACUCAAUGUGCUGGGAUCUUGGGAUCUCCGUCUGCGAAUUCUGGAUUUUUGUAGAUCUGGUAUGCUCCAGUGCGUCCAUCUGCAACCUCAGUAUGAUCUCCGUGGACCGCUUUCUCGCCCUCUCGUACCCCCUCACCUAUCCCUCCAUCAUGACUAAAAGAAGAGGGUUGCUGGCUAUAGCGAUGGUGUGGGGGUACUCUCUGCUUAUCUCAGCACUCUCCUUCACGCUUCCCUGGUCGCCAGAUGGACUCAUGCAGGACAUUCCCGCCUGCUCGCUCAAGGACAAGUAUUACUACACCUUUGUUAUCACAGUAGGUUUCUUCUUGCCUCUUGUAGUUUUAGUCAUUGCUUAUUCCCUCGUGUUUAAAGUCGCGCUCCAUCAAGCGCGAAAACUCCAACUCCUAUCCAGUGGUGGGUUUGACCCGGUCGAGGCGUCGGAUGUUGUCAACCACAACACGGCGCCGCGUCCCAGUGUGAUCAGUCUCGGACGAAUCGAGCGAAAGAGACGAAAGUCUAUCAUUAGAGAACUUAAGGCAACCAAGACGUUAGCGAUUGUUGUCGGGAGUUUUAUUGUCUGCUGGCUGCCUUUUUUUGUUAUUAUGUUCACUGUGCAGUUUUGUCCAGAGUGUUUUCAAGAUCAUCGAAGUUUGCCGGUUAAGGCCCAGCUUGCGAUCGGGACAGUGUUCGUCUAUGUGCUACCACUGUUAAAUAGCGCAGUGAAUCCGAUUAUAUAUUCAAGUUUUAAUGCGAAUUUUCGCCGGGCCUUCAAGGAUAUUUUGUUCCGUCUUUGCGUGCUGCACAAGGGACAAUUCGACGCUGUGAAUACGAGAUCCGUGCUAGAUGAUGACUACACGGUGGCAAUUACCCCGAUAAAUUUGAACAAUCAGGCAGCUACCACCUCUACUCAAAUCUGCCUGAACGGUAACGGAACACCCAGGAUAGUUGUUCACGAGACGCUAUCCGAAAACGAAGACGAAAUUUAAUUGAUAACAUUCGAAAUGUUGGAUCUUUGUGCCAUUAUCAGAAACGAACUUAACCUACUUAUAGGACCCACUAUGAUUAAACAACACAGGCUGUCUCCAAGCGCGCUUUUAGCGACGUUGUGGUUUCAGCCAUGAGUCACUUGAACUUCAUACGAUGGUAUCAGAAAGCAAACACAUUCUAGUUUAGUGGCGUGAGAAUUUCCUAAUAUCUUUAAUGGACAAGCUGAGAGAAAAAACCUCAUACAAAAAUCACUUAGAAGUGUUUGGGUAUAAUCUAGGUAGACUUAAGUAGAUGCAUUAAACGUGAAACAGUUCAGUGUAGGCGAUAGGAGGUUGCUCUCCCCGUAAUGUCGUUGAGUUUUAUUAAAAUUUUGAUUCUAUCUUUUUUACAACUUCGGAAUCUUGCACGAAUAUCACCAGAUGAAUUCAAUGUAAACGGUAUUAUAUAUAUUUCACUGCAAAGUCCAACAAGCUCCAUCCGAUGUUUGUUUAUAAAUGAGUUAAAAGUGUCAAGAGAGUAAGAAAUAGCUUAAAAAAACAGCUGGAAUUACAAAAAAAGGAUUCAGUUUUGCAAUUCAUGUUAUUACUGGACUUUUUGCAAUUUGAUUUUCUUUAUUUUCUGUUUAAAGAAAAAAAAAAAACGGGCUAGUAAAAUGUAAACUGCUUGUCAUUUGCGAAUUUUAAAAGCACUGUUUUUAGACAAUGUAAAUUUUUAGAAAUAUGUCAGCAAAACAAUGCUAUAUUAGCUUUAGUACUGUCUUUUAUGGUUAUUUUUACUCCCUCUUGACAUACUCUUGUCUGAAACACUAUCAGGGGAAGGAUAAGAUAGCAUUGGAAGAGUCUUUGAAAAGUGACAAAACCUUCAGUUGUCAUGUUUUUUAAACAACACAGUUAUCAGUGGCAACGCAAAAUGAACAGAAGCGACAAGAAGGCUGGGCGACACUAUUUAACCUGACAUGCAUCUGCAAAUAUCACUUUUUAAAUCGCUGCGCAACAAAGAUAGGAAUCCCCUUACUAGAAACCUCGCACUGAUAAUGGCGCUCUCUAUGUUAUUUUUCACUUACUCUUAAGUGAGAAGACAAAGCCAUAACCUAAAAUAUAUAGUUUACGGCUAGGGUGCCCUAAACAUAAACAUGUUUCCAAACCAGUUUAAAAAAAAAAAAAAAGAAAACUGAUGAAUGUUAAGGGUAAGGUAUUACUUUUACCACCAGAAAUAGAAGCCGAACUACAACCAAUGUUCAAAUAUACCCAAGUUCCUUUGUUUGUAAGCCAUUUUCGUUUAUCCAAAGUAAAAACAUAAAAAGAGCGUAUAAAUAAAUUGUUUCCUUUUGAUGAUCACGUUUCCCGCUUUGUUCACAUCUCGCGUAAUAUCAUAAAGCCAUGUCCUUCUUUGUGAAGUGUACCACACGUUCAUCGAUUGACGUCUCUCCCCAAAUCUUACUUCCCAAAUUAAACUGUAAAUGGCAUGCAAAAAUCAACUUUACAACAAUCUCAGGCUAACAUUGUUCGUAAACACACACUGACCAAAGAACAGUUUUAGAAAAAAAAAAGGGUUUUGCUACCAGGGCUGGUGAAAGGCGUUCUUGUAACUUAAAAAACAAGUAAAAAAACUGCCGAUGAUCUGACCAGUCAUUUUAA